UUGACGUUGACUUUCUGACAUUUCCAUUGUGAUCAAUCUGGAUGUGCUGGAGAAGUUGUUUAUCGGAACAGAAUAUUGGAGAAGACUAGUUGACAGUGGCCGUGGUUUAAUUAACAACGAUUAAUUAAGAGAAAAUGUCGGGAUCUGCAUUGCAAGUAGAUGAGAAUUUCGAUGGUGGAGAGUUCGACGAAGACGAGCUAGGUGAGGUACAAAUUCAAACUUCAGCUGGUCGCAAAAGAUUAUUUAGCAAAGAACUUCGUUGUAUGAUGUACGGAUUCGGAGAUGAUAAAAAUCCUUAUACUGAAAGUGUUGAUCUCCUGGAGGACCUUGUUAUUGAAUACAUAACCGAAACAACUCAUAGAGCCAUGGAGAUAGGUCGUACUGGACGAGUUCAAGUAGAAGAUAUUAUUUUCUUGGUGCGAAAAGAUGCUCGAAAAUACGCUCGUGUAAAAGAUUUGCUGACAAUGAACGAAGAAUUGAAGAAAGCCCGCAAAGCGUUCGAUGAAAUUAAAUAUGUUGGUAACGAGGCUAAGCUUAAAUGACAUACAAAAAAGGAUAACUUGUAUUUUAGGUAGCAGCACUAUUUUCUGUUUAUUUGAACAUUUUAUUAAAUCAAUAUUUUAAGGUUUAAAAUAAAUUUCGUAAUAUUUACGUAUUCA